AUGAAUAAUUCUAAUGAUAUUAAAAAAGAAGGAAAGAAAUUAAAACCUAUAAAUGUAUUUAGAGAUGUAGGAGAUAUAAAGAAGAAUGUAGAAGCAAAAGUAAAAAGAGAUGAAAGUAGAAAAAAGGAAGAAUCAAAAGAAUUUAGAAAUAAUUCUAAAAAAAAAAAAGAUAAGAAAGAAUCACAAAAAAAUGAUAAUCUAAGAAGAGAAAGUAUAAAAUUUAUAAAAGAAAAAGAUGAUAUCGAAAAGGAAGAUGAAAAUAAUGAAAUGAAAAUAGAUGAAAAACUUAAAAUAAAAAAAGAUAAUAUAAAAAAGAACAACUCAACAAGAAAAAAAAAAAAAAAAGAAAUAACAGAUGAAGAAAAAGAUAUAUUUGAAAAUAAGGAUAUGCAAAAAUCUUAUGAAUUAAAAUUAUUAGGAUAUAAUAAAGAUGUGCUAGCGAGUGGUAACAAUAUAAAUUAUUUUGAAGACAGAAGAAACAAUUCAAAUAAUAUGAAUAAUCCUUUUAAAUAUAUAAAUAAUGUUACAAAUAAAGCAUCUAUUAUGAAAAAUAAAAAAAAUAUGUUAGCAAAAUACAAAAUGAAAAUAUUAGAAGAAGAAGAAGAAAAAAAAAAAAAAAAAGAAGAAGAAAUAGAAGAAAUAGAAGAAAUAGAAGAAAAAAAAAAAAAAAUAAAUUACUUUGAUUUAAAGGAAAGGAAAAAAACUUCUAUUAUCGAAAAAUUUAAACAACAAGAGUUAAAAUCAUGGCAACAUUACUGGACACCCAUGUGCUUAAUUAUAACUUACUUAUGUAUAUCUAUAAUAUUUAUAGUAGUUGGUUGCAUAUUUAUUAUUUUAUCUACAACCAGAAAAGAAUGUAAGAUAUCCUAUGAAAAUUAUAAAGAUGAAUCGUUGAUUUUAGAAAUAAAUGAAAAUUAUUGUUAUGGACCAAAAAGACCAUUUAGAAAAAAUUCUUACAUUUAUUAUGAAUUAUAUAAUUUUCAUCAAAAUCAUAAAAAAUAUCUUAUAUCUAAAUCUCACAAUCAAUUAAUGGGAAAAAUAUAUACGAAAACUAGCGACAUAUCUCAAUGUACCCCUAUUACUCAAAAUAAAAAUGGUAAAGUAUUACAUCCUUGUGGUUUGAUAGCUAGAAGCGUAUUUAAUGAUACAUUUUUCAUAUACAAAGAUAACGAUUUGAAAGAAAUGAUAGAAAUAGAUGAAUCGAAAAAAGCAAUUACAUGGUAUAGUGACUAUAACAAGUUUAAAAAUCCAUCAGAAAGUGACAUGAAUGCACAUAAAGAAAAUGUGGAUUUCUGGUUAAUGGAUAAAAAAUAUAUAACAACUUUAAAUAUGAAUGAAGAAAACGGAUAUGGUGUAGAGAAUUCUCAUUUUAUUGUGUGGAUGAAAACAGCUGCUUUAUCAGAAUUCCGAAAAAAGUAUGCCAAAAUAAAAUCAGAAGUCAAGCUACCUUUUUAUGUAAAUAUAAAGAAUAAUUUUCCUGUUAAUGAAUUUAAUGGAAAGAAAUAUUUUAUUAUAGCAGAAGGUUCUGUUCUUAUUAAUGAAAAAGCUCAAUCAAUAGGUAUUCUGUAUCUACUUAUUGGAUUGAUUUCUCUUUGUAUUGCAAUUUGUCUUAUUUAUAAUCAAUUAAAACAUCCAAGAAUUAUAGGACAAAUAUAA